AGGUUGCCAAAAAGAUCCAUUACAAGCCCUACCCUGUUCGAUUGCGCAUCGAAUACGAUGUGCUCACAGUCUACGUUGACGACGCUAUGAAGCAAACUCCGAGAUAUGAGCUUUGCAUGAGAGCUGAAAACAUCGUUUUGCCUCGUGACGAUUCUUUCGGAAUGUCCGCAGCCACUGGUGGCAUUGCUAUUUGUUUCCUAUUCCUAAUUGAUGCUUCCCAACAGUCAUUUGAUUAUGAGCCAUUUCUUCCAGAACCACGAUGUCGUUGAC